AUGGCUCCUCCCAUCUCUGUCGAAAGCGUCCCCAGCCUGGACGCCUUCAUGCCUGGCAAGAAUGACACUUACACACCGAGUUUUGCUCCCUUCAACCCCGCUAAGCAUUUAGCGUAUUCCCCUCCCUCCAAGGUCCUGACCAUGAAGGACCUUGCUCUAGAACCGACUGUCCUGUCCCCCAUCGCAACAACCGAGCCUUUCCCGCUUCUCUCCCAGGAGGCCAUUCUUCGUUAUCGCCAAGACUUAUUCAGCAAAGAUGUCCUGGACAACUGCCUCCAUCACACUCGCCCUGGAUCUGUCCAGCUUCGAGGCAUGGCACCGCGUUACUCCGCUUUCAUCCACGAUCUAUGGCAUUCCCCCGAAGUUCUCAGGAUUGUGAGCGACGUUGCUGGUGUCCAACUCGUUCCUGCCAUGGACUAUGAGAUCAGCCACACCAAUGUCCAGCUUGGACCAGGUGGUCUCGAUGCGGUUCGGAAGACACCCGUUGUACCUCCUGAAGCUACUGAAGAGGCUAUCAAGAACUUUGAGGCCGAAAAGGGCCAGGUCAGAGCUGUCACUGAUCAAUCAAAGCCUAUUAUUGAGUGGCACAAGGACUCGCAUCCUUGGGUCUGCGUUGUUAUGCUCUCGGAUGCUCGUCAUAUGACUGGUGGCGAGACUGAGUUGAUGAAGGGAGAUGGUACCACCGUAAAGGUGAAGGCGCCGCAAAUGGUAAGCAUUAACGAAAGAUGGAAUACGUCUUUCAAGCCUGACGUUUACAAAUUGCAGGGCUGCGCCGUCCUUCUCCAGGGCCGUUACAUCUCCCAUACCGCCGCUCCCGUCGAAAACAUGCCCGAGCGCGUCACAGUCGUCACCUCAUUUCGCCCCAAGAACCCGCUCCUUGUCGACGAUACGACCAACGCCAACGUUAAAAACAAGUCUCAUUUGACCGAGCUAUACUACCAGUGGACCACCUACCGAUUGGAGGUCAUGGCUCAUCGUGCUCGUAGUGCUUUGACCGAGUUGCAGGAGAGGUAUGCGAAGAACGUUGCCGAGUCGGAUCCUGAGGGAAAGCCUGGUCUCUGCAGAGUUGAGACAGUGAGUUCGGAGGAGAUUAACAAGUGGUGUGUGGAGAUGAUCAAGUAUCUUCAGGAUACCACCAGUGAGAUGGGACUGCCUGGAAACAAGGCCUAG